CGCGAAAGCCGGCCAAGCGGAACCGCUUCGGCUCGUUUAUGUCAAGACACAACACGAAGCCUGCCUCGGUUGGAUGACCAAACCUUUCGAAUUGUACAUGGCGGUCUCACCGCACUUGUCCAAGGCUGCCGUUGUGAGUGCUGCCAAUGCAGUGGCGACCUUUAUGAGCAAGGAGGAAGCAAGGGUGUUCAUCAAGGAUGCACCAGUAUUCUAGUCACGUGAUGAGUGUCAAAUGGCCAGAUGCUCUUCCAUGUUUAGGUACAGUCUGCUCAACCGUUUAUUGCCUCUUUGGGAAAGCGUCAGCCUGGAGACCUAUUCCAACGUCCUUCAUCCAUCUUGAGGCGCUCUUGACGUUGUUUAACACUGAUCCGCUGACAUUGUCGCCGGCACGCUGGCAGACUCGUCUUGCAUGGUGCUGGACUCGGUGUUGGUGCCAGCUCUCAACCCUAAAUCGGUCUAGUCGCCAUUACGCAACCCUGGCGCAUGCCUUCAUGUCCAAUCAUGGAGGUCCCUCCAACAUGUCCACAGCCCCCAGCAAACCACUCUCUCCUCGCCCCAAUCCCAAUCUCAUCCCUGUCGUGGAAAUACCGAUCCGAACGAGAAAGUUGUCCGGACCUGCGGUCCCGAAAGCAUCCCCGUUCCCAUUGCCGAGCUCGUCUCUCAUACGCCCUCUGCCCCAUGUGGCGUCAGCCUUAUCUGCAGGACAUACCAGCACCCUAGCGGCCAAGCCAAUCACAAAUACAAGGCUUCAUGCGGACCAGGAGGAGUGGACACUGGAUCAAGUCUUGAGAGAGGCGCAUCAUCGACUUCGACCGAUCGAGUGCAAAUGGACGGCGCCUUCAGAUUGCUGCGAUGCAGUGCUCGGCAGUCUCAAUCUCUUCCGCAAGCAUCUUGAGGUCCAUUAUACUCGGAUCAAUCGGGAUCCGGGACCCAGCAUAGGUCUCAGAGCUUCAACAAAAUGCCCUUGGUUAGGAUGCAGGGUGGACGGGCUCGGGUUCAUCCGUGAUCUCAGGAAUCACAUCAAGCAUGCUCAUUUUGACAAGCUCAAGGAUACAUACUGUCCUAUCAGAACUUGUCCCUCGCCAGAGCUUCAUCACAAAUCAAAUCACCAUUUUACCGGGCCGGGACACGCCAGACCUUGGAACAGGUCCAGUCUUCGUCCGACACCCAGGCCACUUCCGAUCACCGCGAAACCCCCUCCUCUCACAUUCUCGGACGAGAUAAUCUACCCCUUUCUCUCUACAGUACGACCUUACCAUCCAACCCCUUCACUCGCCCACGGGCUCCGCACUCGCGCACCUCAGUCCCGCAACCGCCUGGCUGGUCUCGAAUACCCUCUCGUGCCGGAUCGUUCAGACCCAAACGUGUAUUUUUGGCCAAUGCACGGCGACGCGCCUUCGGGCUUGGAGCCACGCGAAUUCACUUCCAGCAGUAUCUUCCCAUACCCCGCGUAUCACGAUCUCGGUGUGGACGCGGAUGAGUCCGACACAGAGCUUAGAGCGGAGGCGAGAUUGAGGUCAGAUCUGACGGCGCAGUAUCGGGGAAGGUCGACAAGUCCAACGAUGAUGGAUCUUGACCCAAAUGGCUUUGAAGGUCGAGCUGAGGCCAUCGCUCCUUUAGUAAUUCGGUCUCGACCUCAAUGGCGAUCUCUUGAGCCCCUGAUCGAUGCCGAAAUGUCCUCGUGGCUUGCCUCCAAGCGAAAAGCGGUCGAGCCUCCAGACGGACCGUGGCCUGAGCCGUUGGUGGUUCGCACCUCGAAGAGACUGGCGCGAGAACACUCAGGAUGUGUUGUAGGGAUCGGUCAUUGGAAGGAACGGUUGUAUUUCGAGAAGAGGGGCGUACAGCUCGGAGAGCUUCCAAAUGACCAUCAUAUGUGACUAUUUCAGUUUGCGUUCGCGCUUGUGCUCAUUCGUUCGUUUCGCUGCCCGUCGAGCCUCUCGUCUUGCGACACGUUCGGCAUUUGCUUGAGCCUUGGCUUGCCGCAGUUCUUGCCUUGCAGCUCGCUUCGCAGCUCGAGCUUCGACCUCUGUACGUCAGCUAGA